AUGUGCAUUACAGUACCUCGGAAUGGAAGGAAGCAGGAGCGCACAGGGGAGGACGAGGAAAGCUCGAGUGCUGCCACCGCCCGCCUUGCGCUGACGAUGGAUCUAGCACGUGCGUCGCCGGAUGCACAGUGGCCCGCUGCUCAUGCACGAGGCUGCCGCCAUGCUCGGGCGCCGCCACCUCCCGCCUCGUGCCAGUGCCGGAUCCGGCAUAGCCCUUACCGUGCGCCGCCGAAUCCUGUCCGUGGUGGAUCCAUCUGCCGCCUCUCCUGCCACGGCACGGCGGUCAGGGGGCUCUGGCUGCCUCCGCUCUAUUCGUCAAGUAGGGCCGACGCAUCCUGCGGCCUCCAGUUCUUGCUGACCGUGAGGGAGAGGUGA